AUGGAGAGAUAUCAUGAUCAACAUGCAAGAUUUAGGGAAUUUCAUUCUGGUCAGCCAGUCCUCGCUCGGAAUUACUGCAGGUCAAAUGGUAAAUGGCAACCCGCAACCGUUCUUGAAAGACAGGAACCUCACUCAUAUCUUAUUAUAUUAGCAGACGGAAGACUUUGGAAUCGUCAUGUCUAUCGGCUUUUGCAGGAUAGUCCACCACCACCACCUUUGAUUAGUGAGAGACCCGAACCUAUACCUGGUAAUCUUGAUUCUCCGACAGACACACAAGUGUUACUCACUCCAUCUAUACUUGUAUUUCUUCGACGGAGUUCACUCCUGCAGCUCCAGUGGUUCCUCAGUCCGAAAGCAUGUACGGCAACCCAGGCUAUCCGAAUUGGCACAAUGCACCCAUGGUAGUUUUAGCAUUGCCAAGUCUCCCACCAUUAAACUAAGAAGAUCAAGUAGAACGAUCUAACCGGCGAAAAGGCUUAUCGAACAAAUUUAGAUAUUUAAUUGAUAUAGGACAUUUAGUUAAGUAUUCAGUAUUUAUUGGUUAGAAAUAUAUUAUUUAUUUUAAUUAGGAAAAUUGGAUACCAGUUACACCAAGCCGAGAGGUGCAGUUAUGGUAUUAGGUUUAAUUAUAUACAUUUCACUACAUGAAGUACUGUGUAUGAGCCCGCAGUUGAGACUGCUGGUCAGUAGCCUGAUAUAAAAGUAACUGUCGACCAUUUUGUUAGUUAGUUGAGAUUUAGUUUAGUAUGUGUUAAUAAAGCCUUAAAACAUAACAAAUAAUGCACAUACAAUACAAAGUGAUAAGAUACUUCAUAUAUAUUCUAGAUAUUGAUAGUUCCUGUUUAUUUCUUUUUUCAGUUUUGUACGUUUGUACAAAACAAUAAAAAAACAAUGAUCGUGUUGCCAUGACACGAGCAACGCGAUCCUGCGUUCGGUGUUGACGUAGUUACAAAAAUACUUCGUGUUGAAACAAUAUUUUGAAAAUAUAGGCGAAGCCGCAAAGGGUUGUUGCAUGCACGUAUUUCUAUGAAAAUAUUUUCGCCGCUAUUAGUGUAGUGAAACAGUAAGGUUAAUAUUCCGGAUUAAGUCUUUCUCACAACAGUUUCUACGCCAAAAAUGCAAGGUAUUCACUGGAAAAGCAAACGUUUACAUGUGUGCUAAAUAAUUUUCUUUACACGAGUGAAGAAAUGAGAAAGGUGGAAGAAAAACCGUCUUUUUUGUUGUAUUUUCGCGUGAAAACAUGCUCACCCCAGAACAUUGCAAUAUCACACGUCGUUCAAUGAAAUUACUGGCGCUGCACCGCCAUGUAUAUAAGAAUAAUAAUGGUAAUGAUAAAUAUUAAAAAUCCAUUAUUCAGUUUAUAGAGCAAAAAGUUUGUGUAUACAGUUCAUUCAUCCUAAUGCUUCACUAUUAUGCUUUGCAAUGUUGGACUCGUUUUAAAUUGAAAUGAUUCGAAGCGGUUGACGAAUGUUAGUAUUUCAAGUAACUGAGAUUGGAGUAUUAAAAUCUUGAGAAAUAAUAAGGAAUCGGCCUUUUGAAGUUAAUGUAUGUGAUUUAAAAGAGCCGAGUAAUUAAAACCAACUAAUAACUGUUUUGACCGAAUGCCUUUGUUUUUCGAACUAGUAAGCCGAAAAUAUAGUUAAGCAGUUAAGCAUCGGAAGCGUUUUAUAUGAAAUCUGUAAAUCCUUUUCAUAAAAAGAUAUGAUAUAUAUUAAUUUUAUUAUACUUUUUCAGAUGGAGAACAAAAGUCUUGGAAAGACGCAAAUUCAAGCUGUGCCAGUGAACUACAGUUUCCUACUGGAAACAAUAAAUCUUUGAUCAACAAGUCGUACUGGUUGGGCAUUUAUAAAAAAGAGUCAUGCGAAACACAUUGGGUUGAAAACCUGACAAAUGUAAUGCAGUUGAAACUGAAAAAAUGCCCUAAUGUUGGAAACAGCACACCUGAUAAGCAAGACUAUUAUGCGAAAAGUCAUGCUAUUUGUGUCCAGCCAGGUAAGUCCCGACUGAUAUACAGUAAUUCAAUUGAUGUAAUGGACCAUUUGCAUUAUAGACUAAAUUUUGAUAUAGACAAAAAUUUCAUCAUAGCUUGAAAAAGCAUUACAAAAUUAGUAAUAUUCCAGAGUUUCGUUGCGAAAUGUUGUAAAAUGCGGAUAAUAUAGCCUUGCGAAGUUAGCCGUUUUUCAGUCAUUUUGUAUUGCGCACGGGAAAUUGACAGCCCAAUCGGGUGUUGGGGCAUCAAUUUCCCGUUUGUAAUACAAAAUGACUGAAAAUUGCAAAUUUCGCAAGGCUAUAUUAUCCUCAUUUUACAACAUUUCGCAACGAAACUUUGGAAUAUUACUAAUUUUGUGAUGCUCUUUCAAGCUGUGACGAAAUUUUUGUCUAGAUCAAAAUUUAGUCUAUAAUGCAAAAUAUGGUCCAUUGUUUCCAUAUCGUUAUUUAUUACUUCUAUUAAUACUAACCACGGAAUUUUAACAUCGCAUUGCUGUCUGAAAACGGCCCAUAGUAAAUAGUAACACACAACCGAACCUGAUAACGCACUCCUGCUCGUGUUUUAAAUAGAAUACAUGGUGUUUUUAUUCUCAAUUUAGCCAUAUGUGACAAUGACUGGUUGGGUUUCAGAAGCUCUUGCUACAAAUUGGAGCCUGAGGAAACCACCUGUCACAAGGCUAGGAAUAAAUGUGCGAAUGACGGAUCUAAGUUGGUGGAAAUAAAUUAUCUUCAAGAAGAAGAGUUUAUCAAUACUUCAUUCAAAGGGAAAUACCUGGUAAGAGUUAAUGUAUAA